AACAAACAGACAAAUUUUCCUGUUCCUGUUAACCCAUUUUUUUAAAAUUGAAACUUUAAAAAGAAGCUAAUUAUAAAAGCUAAUCACAAUGAGUUUUGAUUUGGGAAACACAGGCUCAGAUGAAGAGGAAUAUGAUCCAUAUUCAAUGAUGCCUGUUACUAAACUUGUGGCCUUGUAUGAUUAUUCUUAUCAAGAUGAUGAUGGUCAUAUAGUUCAUAUGAAAGAAGGGGAAAAAUAUCAUCUAAUCCAAAAAGAGGGUGAUUGGUGGGAGGUUAUUAGAGACAUGGGUAAUUUGGACGAUCUCUCGUUCUACGUUCCUGCUAAUUAUGUACGUGUUGUUGACAACAGCGGAAGUAAUGUGGACGCCACAACAAAAACGGAUGAUUCAGGACUUGAGAGGGAUGAAGAAAUCAGAUCAGGAAAUAGCACACUAGAUGAAGAUUCCUCUGACCUCUCAAGUGCACAAGUGACUCCGGAAAAAAAUGUCGGCAAAACAGAAAAUGGAGUGGUGGGAUUAAAUAGCAAGAUGGAGGAAUUAGGCAGUGAGGUAACAUUCGAGCGAAAACAAUCAACCACCUUUUCCACAUUCGGGACUCAGACCACAGGGUCUAUAAAUCUAAACACUAAGAUUGCUGAAAACAAAGGAUAUAGAAGAAGUUUUUCAGAUGAAGGAGAUUAUGUGAAUUUAGAUGAGUACAGACUUAAUGCUGGUCUGAAUUCAGAGAGAAGAGAUGGGACACAGGAGAGAAUCCAAGAGGACCUUUAUGCCAACGUUACGGAGAUCCAUUCAGGGGACACAAUCAAAACCCCUGAUUCACCACCCCCCUCAACAGAGGGGAAUUACUUAAAGACACUUUUGGGGGUAUGGGAUAGUUUUCUGGACCCUGUCACGAAGCGAAUCUACUACGUUAAUAGGGAAACACAUGAAAGAACAUAUAAACCUCCACGUCCCGCAGACAGGCAAAAACAGGUUGAAGCCUUGAACAGUAGGAAGGUCAGUCUACCUGAAAUCCUCGUAAACAAUGAUACCGUGCCUAGUGGAUGGCGAGUGGAAGACAGUGCUGCGGGGAAAAUAUUCGUUAACUCUGCCACAAAUGAGAAGUGGGCCUCAAAAGUCAACGAAGACGGUCAGCGGUAUUACUUCAAAAUUGACGGUGAUGAGUCUGCCUGGGAACUCCCGAAGAUUGAUGAACCAAGUAGUCCGCCCCCUGUUGGGCCCCCUCCUACACGUUCCCCUAGCAGGUCCCCCCGAAUGGCACGAUCGGUAAAAGCCCAAUCCUUGAUCAUUGGGAACAAAAUUAACUUUCAGCCCUAUAUGCCUACCAUACAUGCAUCUGCACAAAUUCCAAAGUCGCAAACUUUGCCUGCCAACAUGUCUACCCCUCUCAUAAUGGAAAGUGUUUCCAAUGACCAAAGAAGUGCAACAGUGGCUCCACAGAUGCAGGAGGGACUCUCAGGAACUUUCAAGGUUGCCAAAGUCAUGGAGGCUGGAAAACCAAAGAAAAAAAGUUCAAACCAGAACUUUGUCAAGCUAUCUGGCUCUAAUAUGGUGUUUUAUAAGGAUCUAAGGGCAUCAAAAAGCCAGCCAGGUUCCCCAAAUGGAAGACCAGAGUUUAUAGUACCCUUACAUGGGGGGAUGGUAGAAAAGCAUGGCAAGGAAAAGGCUAACAAGAAGUAUUUAAAGUUGACUACGAGCCAAGGAGACCAGUAUAUACUACAGUUUGAGGAUGACAUCAUGAUGAUAAGUUGGCUAACUCAAAUAGAUAAAACAAUAAGAAGUCUGGGAGGAUCUACAGAUGUCACACCACCUUCACCGUCACAGUUAAGGCCGGAACCAGAAAAAUUGCCAAAGAAAAAACCUUCCUUUAAAACAAGCCCCUCAAAGGAAUCAUUAACAUUAGUCAGAAAAGGAAGUUCUAAUGAGGAAGGAAGUUUGGAGAGGGGCAAAAUGAGGACCAAACUAUUCAACUUCUUAAAAUCAAGACCCACAAAAGAGUCUCUUGAGCAAAAGGGCAUUAUCAAGGAUGCUGUUUUUGGAGCUCAUCUUAAACAACUUUGUGAGAGAGAAAAAGGAAAGAUUCCUAAAUUUGUGCAGAAAUGUGUUGUGGCGAUAGAGAAGAAAGGUCUGGAUCAUGAUGGGAUGUACAGGAUAAGUGGAAAUCUUGCUCAAAUCCAGAAACUCAGGUGCCAGGUUGAUCAAGACCACUAUAACUUAGAGGAUGAAUGCUGGGACAUCCAUGUUUUAACUGGUUCCCUUAAACUGUUCUUCAGAGAAUUAAAAGAGCCUUUGUUCACUUUUGGAGUAUUUGACAAGUUUAUUCCUGCUCUAGGCAAGGAAAAGAACAAUGAUCGUUUAAAAGCCGUGAGAGAUUUAAUCAACACACUACCAAAGUAUAACUAUGAAACAUUGAAAUUCCUGCUUGCCCACUUAUGCAAGGUCAUAGAGCAUAGCAAGGAGAAUCGGAUGCAGGUCCAUAGUGUUGCCAUAGUCUUUGGCCCCACGUUAAUUUGGCCAGAGACUGUAACGCCAAACUUAGCUGCCAAUAUGAUUUACCAGAGUCGGAUUGUAGAGUACUGUCUUUUGGAGUACAGAAAUAUUUUUAGGUGAAAAAAAAGAAGCAUGAUUUGUGUACAGUGCACUUUUUCUCUAUUUCGUGCUCUAGACUACAAAUACUGUGUAUGAAAGAACUUGGUCAGAUUGGGAUAGAAGAAAAAAUACAAGUAAAAGUAUUAUGCUAAGGCUCAAAGUAAGAUGAUGAUUUUCAAAAUGAGGAAUCAGUCUGGGAAUUAUUGAGAUGAAAACUACAUGAGAGAUCAGAGAUACAGAGGCAUCAGUUACAGCUGUAGAGAAUUUGUCCUAUCUGACAAGGUCAGAGGUCAAAUGUUACAAGGUCAUUAG